UCAGAGGAGCGACCGCGCCAGCCGCGAACCGGAUCUCUAUGGAGGUGGCAUAGGCGAUUUCCCUGAGCUGAGAGCAUCUCCCUGUCCUCGAAUCCUUCUUCCCUGUGUUUUGUUUUUCAUUCCCCCCUCCCUCCCUCCCCCUUCCAGUCCGCGACGACUGGCUCUUGACCCCGUUCAGGCCUCGGUGAAGGCUUUUGGUUACUCCCUUUCCACCCCAUCCCUUAAUUUUAUUCUUUUGAAGAGUCUGCAUUUCAAGCUGCCAAGGCGGAGAGUGUGAUUGCAGAAGGGAGUGCUACUCAUUUCAGGUAUCUUCCCAUCUAGCUGUUAAUAGGAGAACCAUUUUGUUUAUAAGAAUUCAAAGCUUACUCCUCUAAAGAAGAGGUCUUAAAAUUUACAUUACUCUCCCUUCUAAUUAUGCUUUUAAAAAUUAUAUGAGGAAUAAUCAAUUUAAAAUGAGACUUUAUGUUUUCUAUAGGUCCUGGUUAAAUCAUCACCAAUAGUAUUAAUGGAUACAGAGUAAUCAGUUAAAUACACAUUAUGUACUUUGAAUGGGUCUCUAUUUGAAUAAUAUAAAUAUUUAUGUGAUUUUAAUUCCAGAGAAAUAGUAGGUAACUUUAGGUCAUCAGUUUAUUUUUCAGUGUUAGCUCAGUAUUUAGGAUACAGAAUUUUGUGUUUUGCAAAACUUUGAACUGUAUGUAUUUUUAAUACAACUUAGCAUAAUUGUUGCUAGUCCUGAUAGGAGGCUACAGAUGUAUAAUAGUAUCAACGGUGAAUAUAUGUAAUAGUAGUAGGCAUCAGAAAGUUUAAAAGAUUCCAAGACACUAUUUGCCAUGAGAAGGGGUUGGUAAGUUAUGGCCCAAACUGUUUUUGUAACUAGAGACUUAUUGGAAAAAAAGUGUGUGCAUUAUUUUACGUAUUAUCUGUGUCUGCUGCCAUGCUGUAACUGCAGAGUUGACUAUUUGCAACAGAGACCAUAUGGCCUGUAAAGUAAAAAAUAUUACUAUAUUACUCUUUGCAGAAAAAGUUUGCCAACCCCUGCCAUGGGACAUAUUCUUCAAGGUCCCUUCCUUAAAGACACACUAAACAGUUCUUCAUUAUUUCUCAGCCCACUGGUUCCCAAAUUGUGUUUUAUAGAACAUUAAUAUUAUCUAAGUUAAUAACUGUUCUGAGAAAAAGAUCAAUGCUAACGAUAAUUUUUCUUUAUAGUUUAUUUUAAAAUAUAAGUUUAAGACUACUAAACUCAUUUCUAUAGCUUUAUUUUUAUGUGAUAAUCUACCUUUAAGAAAAGGUGUGCCAUACCUGAGAGCACCAGGAAGUCGCAUGAGAGAUCACCUGAUACACGAACGUGUGAUGUUCCAUCUGCGCAUUGAUGCAUAGGCAGCAUUUACAAAUUAACUGAUGUGUUGCUCUGUAUCAUCUCUUUGAUGAUUGCUCAUCUUCUAUGUAUCCUGUCAUAUAAUUUCAACAUAUUUGUGAUACUCAAUACUUAUCCUAAAUUAACCAUGUUUUGUACCACAAACACAUUACCUAUGGAUCUGUUGCUGAAACAAGGAAAUCUUAAACAAGAAGUAGAAUCUUUUUGUUAUCAAAUUGUGUCUGAAUCAAAUGAUCAAAAGGUUGGAAUAUUACAAAGUGAAGAUGAACAAUUGCAGCCUUCGGUUUCUAAAAAAUCAGAAGGUGACCUUUCCAGGGUCAAAUUUAUGUCCAAUUCCAACAAAAUAACAACAUUUAGUAAGAAACCAAAAAGAAGAAAAUAUGAUGAAAGUUACUUGUCUUUUGGAUUUACUUACUUUGGAAAUAGAGAUGCACCUCAUGCUCAGUGUGUGUUAUGUAAGAAAAUUUUAUCAAAUAGUUCUUUGGCCCCUAGUAAGCUUCGAAGACAUUUGGAAACUAAGCAUGCUGCAUAUAAAGACAAAGACAUAAGCUUUUUCAAGCAACAUCUUGAUUCACCUGAAAAUAAUAAACCCCCAGUACCUAAAAUUGUCAAUACAGAUAAUGAAAGUGCUACAGAGGCAUCGUACAAUGUAAGUUACCAUAUAGCCCUGAGUGGAGAGGCUCAUACUAUUGGAGAAUUGCUUAUCAAGCCUUGUGCUAAAGAUGUUGUGAUGCGGAUGUUUGAUGAACAAUAUAGUAAAAAAAUAGAUGCAGUACAACUGUCAAAUAGUACUGUUGCACGUCGAAUUAAAGAUCUUGCUGCUGACAUUGAAGAAGAGCUUGUUUGUAGACUGAAAAUUUGUGAUGGGUUUUCACUGCAACUAGAUGAAUCAGCUGAUGUUUCAGGACUUGCUGUGCUGCUUGUAUUUGUUCGUUACAGGUUUAAUAAAUCUAUUGAAGAAGACCUACUCUUAUGUGAAUCUUUGCAAAGUAAUGCUACUGGUGAAGAAAUUUUCAACUGCAUCAACAGUUUUAUGCAGAAACAUGAAAUUGAAUGGGAAAAAUGUGUUGAUGUUUGUAGUGAUGCUUCUAGGGCAAUGGACGGGAAAAUUGCUGAGGCUGUCACCUUGAUAAAAUAUGUGGCUCCCGAAAGCACCAGUAGUCACUGCCUAUUAUAUAGACAUGCACUAGCAGUUAAAAUAAUGCCUACAUCUCUGAAAAAUGUGCUAGAUCAGGCAGUACAAAUCAUCAAUUACAUUAAAGCUCGACCACAUCAAUCUAGGCUACUAAAAAUUUUAUGUGAGGAAAUGGGUGCCCAACACACAGCACUUCUUCUGAAUACAGAGGUGAGGUGGCUUUCCCGAGGUAAAGUUCUUGUAAGGCUUUUUGAACUUCGUCGUGAACUAUUGGUUUUCAUGGAUUCUGCUUUUCGACUGUCUGAUUGUUUAACAAAUUCAUCUUGGUUGUUAAGACUUGCAUAUCUUGCAGAUAUUUUUACUAAAUUAAAUGAGGUUAAUCUAUCAAUGCAAGGAAAAAAUGUGACAGUUUUUACAGUAUUUGAUAAAAUGUCAUCAUUGUUAAGAAAAUUGGAAUUUUGGGCUUCAUCUGUAGAAGAAGAAAACUUUGAUUGUUUUCCUACUCUCAGUGACUUUUUGACUGAAAUUAAUUCUACAGUUGAUAAAGAUAUUUGUAGUGCCAUUGUGCAGCACUUAAGGGGUUUGCGCUCUACUCUGUUAAAAUACUUUCCUGUGACAAAUGAUAAUAAUACUUGGGUUAGAAAUCCAUUUACAGUAACUGUUAAACCAGCCUCAUUAGUAGCACGGGACUAUGAGAGCCUGAUUGAUUUAACAUCUGAUUCUCAAGUGAAACAAAAUUUCAGCGAACUUUCACUAAACGAUUUUUGGAGUAGCCUAAUUCAAGAGUACCCAAGCAUUGCAAGACGUGCAGUUCGUGUACUUCUUCCUUUUGCUACAAUGCACCUGUGUGAAACAGGAUUUUCAUAUUAUGCUGCAACAAAAACGAAAUAUAGGAAAAGACUUGAUGCUGCACCUCAUAUGCGGAUUCGACUUAGCAACAUUACACCUAAUAUUAAGCGGAUAUGUGAUAAAAAGACACAAAAACACUGUUCUCAUUAAAAUUUUAGAGGGUCUUGCAUGUCUCUUGAUAACCAAGUAUAAGAUGAAAAUAAAAGAUGAUUUACUUCA